AUGGAUGGCUCUAAGCUGCUCAUUUUUACUGAUACUAAAAGAGGAGCUGAUGACCUCACGAGGACGCUGAGGAUGGACGGUUGGCCAGCCCUGUGCAUUCAUGGUGACAAGAAGCAAGAGGAAAGAGAUUGGGUACUUCAUGAGUUCAAGUCGGGUAAGAGCCCUAUUAUGAUUGCUACUGAUGUAGCUAGUCGUGGAUUGGACGUUAAAGACAUACGCCAUGUUGUCAACUAUGACUUCCCGGGUCAGAUCGAAGACUAUGUGCAUAGGAUAGGCCGUACGGGAAGAGCGGGGUGUAAGGGGAAUGCUUAUACGUUCUUCACUGCUGAUAAGAUUAAGAUGGCCAGAGGCCUAGUUCAAAUCCUACGCGAGGCGAAUCAAACGGUAUCGCCCGAACUGGAACGCCUGUCAAUGACGGUUGGAGGCUUCGGUGGUGGAGGCGGCGGCGGCGGCGGUCGUUGGGGAGGAGUUAUCGUCGCUACUAGGACGUUGGUAAAAUAA